AUGGGCGGGUUGCUGCCCGUGCUGGUCCAUCCAUGCGAGCAGAGAACAAUCCUGCCUGCAAUCCUGCCUGCAAUCCUGCCUGCAGUCCUGCCUGCAAUCCUGCCUGCAGUCCUGCCUGCAAUCCUGCCUGCAGUCCUGCCUGCAAUCCUGCCUGCAGUCCUGCCUGCAAUCCUGCCUGCAGUCCUGCCUGCAAUCCUGCCUGCAGUCCUGCCUGCAAUCCUGCCUGCAGUCCUGCCUGCAAUCCUGCCUGCAGUCCUGCCUGCAAUCCUGCCUGCAGUCCUGCCUGCAAUCCUGCCUGCAGUCCUGCCUGCAAUCCUGCCUGCAGUCCUGCCUGCAAUCCUGCCUGCAGUCCUGCCUGCAAUCCUGCCUGCAGUCCUGCCUGCAAUCCUGCCUGCAGUCCUGCCUGCAAUCCUGCCUGCAGUCCUGCCUGCAAUCCUGCCUGCAGUCCUGCCUGCAAUCCUGCCUGCAGUCCUGCCUGCAAUCCUGCCUGCAGUCCUGCCUGCAAUCCUGCCUGCAGUCCUGCCUGCAAUCCUGCCUGCAGUCCUGCCUGCAAUCCUGCCUGCAGUCCUGCCUGCAAUCCUGCCUGCAGUCCUGCCUGCAAUCCUGCCUGCAGUCCUGCCUGCAAUCCUGCCUGCAGUCCUGCCUGCAAUCCUGCCUGCAGUCCUGCCUGCAAUCCUGCCUGCAGUCCUGCCUGCAAUCCUGCCUGCAGUCCUGCCUGCAAUCCUGCCUGCAGUCCUGCCUGCAAUCCUGCCUGCAGUCCUGCCUGCAAUCCUGCCUGCAGUCCUGCCUGCAAUCCUGCCUGCAGUCCUGCCUGCAAUCCUGCCUGCAGUCCUGCCUGCAAUCCUGCCUGCAGUCCUGCCUGCAAUCCUGCCUGCAGUCCUGCCUGCAAUCCUGCCUGCAGUCCUGCCUGCAAUCCUGCCUGCAGUCCUGCCUGCAAUCCUGCCUGCAGUCCUGCCUGCAAUCCUGCCUGCAGUCCUGCCUGCAAUCCUGCCUGCAGUCCUGCCUGCAAUCCUGCCUGCAGUCCUGCCUGCAGUCCUGCCUGCAGUCCUGCCUGCAAUCCUGCCUGCAGUCCUGCCUGCAAUCCUGCCUGCAGUCCUGCCUGCAGUCCUGCCUGCAGUCCUGCCUGCAAUCCUGCCUGCAGUCCUGCCUGCAAUCCUGCCUGCAGUCCUGCCUGCAAUCCUGCCUGCAGUCCUGCCUGCAAUCCUGCCUGCAGUCCUGCCUGCAAUCCUGCCUGCAGUCCUGCCUGCAAUCCUGCCUGCAGUCCUGCCUGCAAUCCUGCCUGCAGUCCUGCCUGCAGUCCUGCCUGCAGUCCUGCCUGCAAUCCUGCCUGCAGUCCUGCCUGCAAUCCUGCCUGCAGUCCUGCCUGCAAUCCUGCCUGCAGUCCUGCCUGCAAUCCUGCCUGCAGUCCUGCCUGCAAUCCUGCCUGCAGUCCUGCCUGCAAUCCUGCCUGCAGUCCUGCCUGCAAUCCUGCCUGCAGUCCUGCCUGCAAUCCUGCCUGCAGUCCUGCCUGCAAUCCUGCCUGCAGUCCUGCCUGCAAUCCUGCCUGCAGUCCUGCCUGCAAUCCUGCCUGCAGUCCUGCCUGCAAUCCUGCCUGCAGUCCUGCCUGCAAUCCUGCCUGCAGUCCUGCCUGCAAUCCUGCCUGCAGUCCUGCCUGCAAUCCUGCCUGCAGUCCUGCCUGCAAUCCUGCCUGCAGUCCUGCCUGCAAUCCUGCCUGCAGUCCUGCCUGCAAUCCUGCCUGCAGUCCUGCCUGCAAUCCUGCCUGCAGUCCUGCCUGCAAUCCUGCCUGCAGUCCUGCCUGCAAUCCUGCCUGCAGUCCUGCCUGCAAUCCUGCCUGCAGUCCUGCCUGCAAUCCUGCCUGCAGUCCUGCCUGCAAUCCUGCCUGCAGUCCUGCCUGCAAUCCUGCCUGCAUCCUGCCUGCAAUCCUGCCUGCUCCUGCCUGCAAUCCUGCCUGCGGUCCUGCCUGCAAUCCUGCCUGCGGUCCUGCCUGCAAUCCUGCCUGCAGUCCUGCCUGCAAUCCUGCCUGCAGUCCUGCCUGCAAUCCUGCCUGCAGUCCUGCCUGCAAUCCUGCCUGCAGUCCUGCCUGCAAUCCUGCCUGCAGUCCUGCCUGCAAUCCUGCCUGCAGUCCUGCCUGCAAUCCUGCCUGCAGUCCUGCCUGCAAUCCUGCCUGCAGUCCUGCCUGCAAUCCUGCCUGCAGUCCUGCCUGCAAUCCUGCCUGCAGUCCUGCCUGCAAUCCUGCCUGCAGUCCUGCCUGCAAUCCUGCCUGCAGUCCUGCCUGCAAUCCUGCCUGCAGUCCUGCCUGCAAUCCUGCCUGCAGUCCUGCCUGCAAUCCUGCCUGCAGUCCUGCCUGCAAUCCUGCCUGCAGUCCUGCCUGCAAUCCUGCCUGCAGUCCUGCCUGCAAUCCUGCCUGCAGUCCUGCCUGCAAUCCUGCCUGCAGUCCUGCCUGCAAUCCUGCCUGCAGUCCUGCCUGCAAUCCUGCCUGCAGUCCUGCCUGCAAUCCUGCCUGCAGUCCUGCCUGCAAUCCUGCCUGCAGUCCUGCCUGCAAUCCUGCCUGCAGUCCUGCCUGCAAUCCUGCCUGCAGUCCUGCCUGCAAUCCUGCCUGCAGUCCUGCCUGCAAUCCUGCCUGCAGUCCUGCCUGCAAUCCUGCCUGCAGUCCUGCCUGCAAUCCUGCCUGCAGUCCUGCCUGCAAUCCUGCCUGCAGUCCUGCCUGCAAUCCUGCCUGCAGUCCUGCCUGCAAUCCUGCCUGCAGUCCUGCCUGCAAUCCUGCCUGCAGUCCUGCCUGCAAUCCUGCCUGCAGUCCUGCCUGCAAUCCUGCCUGCAGUCCUGCCUGCAAUCCUGCCUGCAGUCCUGCCUGCAAUCCUGCCUGCAGUCCUGCCUGCAAUCCUGCCUGCAGUCCUGCCUGCAAUCCUGCCUGCAGUCCUGCCUGCAAUCCUGCCUGCAGUCCUGCCUGCAAUCCUGCCUGCAGUCCUGCCUGCAAUCCUGCCUGCAGUCCUGCCUGCAAUCCUGCCUGCAGUCCUGCCUGCAAUCCUGCCUGCAGUCCUGCCUGCAAUCCUGCCUGCAGUCCUGCCUGCAAUCCUGCCUGCAGUCCUGCCUGCAAUCCUGCCUGCAGUCCUGCCUGCAAUCCUGCCUGCAGUCCUGCCUGCAAUCCUGCCUGCAGUCCUGCCUGCAAUCCUGCCUGCAGUCCUGCCUGCAAUCCUGCCUGCAGUCCUGCCUGCAAUCCUGCCUGCAGUCCUGCCUGCAAUCCUGCCUGCAGUCCUGCCUGCAAUCCUGCCUGCAGUCCUGCCUGCAAUCCUGCCUGCAGUCCUGCCUGCAAUCCUGCCUGCAGUCCUGCCUGCAAUCCUGCCUGCAGUCCUGCCUGCAAUCCUGCCUGCAGUCCUGCCUGCAGUCCUGCCUGCAGUCCUGCCUGCAAUCCUGCCUGCAGUCCUGCCUGCAAUCCUGCCUGCAGUCCUGCCUGCAAUCCUGCCUGCAGUCCUGCCUGCAAUCCUGCCUGCAGUCCUGCCUGCAAUCCUGCCUGCAGUCCUGCCUGCAAUCCUGCCUGCAGUCCUGCCUGCAAUCCUGCCUGCAGUCCUGCCUGCAAUCCUGCCUGCAGUCCUGCCUGCAAUCCUGCCUGCAGUCCUGCCUGCAGUCCUGCCUGCAGUCCUGCCUGCAGUCCUGCCUGCAGUCCUGCCUGCAAUCCUGCCUGCAGUCCUGCCUGCAAUCCUGCCUGCAGUCCUGCCUGCAAUCCUGCCUGCAGUCCUGCCUGCAAUCCUGCCUGCAGUCCUGCCUGCAAUCCUGCCUGCAGUCCUGCCUGCAAUCCUGCCUGCAGUCCUGCCUGCAAUCCUGCCUGCAGUCCUGCCUGCAAUCCUGCCUGCAGUCCUGCCUGCAAUCCUGCCUGCAGUCCUGCCUGCAAUCCUGCCUGCAGUCCUGCCUGCAAUCCUGCCUGCAGUCCUGCCUGCAAUCCUGCCUGCAGUCCUGCCUGCAAUCCUGCCUGCAGUCCUGCCUGCAAUCCUGCCUGCAGUCCUGCCUGCAAUCCUGCCUGCAGUCCUGCCUGCAAUCCUGCCUGCAGUCCUGCCUGCAAUCCUGCCUGCAGUCCUGCCUGCAAUCCUGCCUGCAGUCCUGCCUGCAAUCCUGCCUGCAGUCCUGCCUGCAAUCCUGCCUGCAGUCCUGCCUGCAAUCCUGCCUGCAGUCCUGCCUGCAAUCCUGCCUGCAGUCCUGCCUGCAAUCCUGCCUGCAGUCCUGCCUGCAAUCCUGCCUGCAGUCCUGCCUGCAAUCCUGCCUGCAGUCCUGCCUGCAAUCCUGCCUGCAGUCCUGCCUGCAAUCCUGCCUGCAGUCCUGCCUGCAAUCCUGCCUGCAGUCCUGCCUGCAAUCCUGCCUGCAGUCCUUAGUGUGCCUUGA